UCUGACGGGUGAGCGCUGUGUGGACGUUUCGCGUUGCCGCUACACCGAGGGCCAACACAGAGCGGGACAGAGACAGCCUCCAUGAGGGACCGUCUCCUGCAAGAAUAUCACAGCCUGACACACACGGAGGAAGCGGGAGGACUCGGCACAGGUCUGGAGCUUUGCAUGCGGUGAUAUUUCAUCCUGAAAUGUAGCCAGCAGCGUCAGUGCGGGUUGUUGUAAUCGCUCGGUCGCUGCAUGGCUCUGCCCGGGGAUGCCAUGAAAAUCAGAAGAGCCGACUGAGAGCGCUGCUCCUCGCUAUCACACACACGGCGGCGGCGGCGGAGGAGGAGGAGGAGGAGGAGGAGGUGGAGGAGGAGGAGGUGGUGAGCGAUGGAUACUGGUGGAAAGAUCCACAUUAGGUAGCGUCCACGAAGAUCCGAGGGGAGCUGAACGUCUCUGCUGCACAGUCAAGUCGACGCCGGAGCUGUCUGAAGGAUGGAUUUCACCCUGCUCCGGAACAUCAUCAGCAGAUACUGUGUGGGGGAGGAGAUCUGGGUGGACAGUCGGACGGUGUACAUCGGGCAUAAAGAACCUCCUCCGGGAGCUGAGGCCUACAUCCCUCAGCGUUACCCCGACAACCGCAUCGUCUCCUCCAAGUACACCUUCUGGAACUUCAUACCCAAGAAUUUGUUUGAGCAGUUCAGAAGAAUCGCUAACUUCUACUUCUUGGUUAUUUUUCUGGUCCAGCUUAUCAUCGACACCCCCACCAGCCCAGUCACCAGCGGCCUGCCCCUCUUCUUUGUUAUCACUGUCACCGCAAUAAAACAGGGCUAUGAGGACUGGCUCCGACACAAGGCUGACUGCUCUAUAAACGAGUGUCCGGUGGAUGUGGUGCAGCAGGGGAAGGUGGUGAGGACACAGAGUCACAAGCUGCGGGUGGGGGACAUUGUCGUGGUAAAGGAGGACGAGACUUUCCCCUGUGACCUCAUCCUGCUCUCCUCCAGCCGCGAUGAUGGGACGUGUUAUGUCACCACCACCAGCCUGGACGGGGAGUCCAGCCACAAGACCUAUUAUGCUGUACAAGAUACCAUGGCCUUUAGAACAGAGCGGGAGGUGGAUUCGCUACAUGCCACUAUUGAAUGUGAACAACCGCAGCCUGACCUCUACAAAUUUGUGGGACGCAUCAAUAUUUACAAGGACAAAGAAGAGCCUGUGGCGAGACCACUCGGGGCUGAGAAUUUGCUCCUUAGAGGAGCCACACUGAAGAACACACAACGUAUUUAUGCUGUUGCAGUCUACACUGGCAUGGAGACUAAGAUGGCGCUUAAUUACCAGUCUAAAUCUCAGAAGCGCUCCGCUGUAGAAAAGUCGAUGAACGCCUUCCUGAUCGUGUAUCUGUGCAUCCUGAUCAGUAAAGCGGUGAUCAACACGGUUCUGAAAUACGCCUGGCAGUGGUCUCCGGACCGAGAUGAGCCCUGGUACAACCACAGGACUGAGAACGAACGCCAGCGCCACGUGGUGAUCCGAGCAUUCACAGACUUCCUGGCCUUCAUGGUCUUAUUUAAUUACAUCAUCCCAGUGUCUAUGUACGUGACAGUGGAGAUGCAGAAAUUCCUGGGCUCAUAUUUCAUCACCUGGGAUGAAGAAAUGUUCGACGAAGAGCUGGGAGAAGGAGCUCAGGUCAACACCUCUGACCUGAACGAGGAGCUGGGGCAGGUGGAGUAUGUGUUUACAGAUAAGACAGGCACACUCACUGAGAACAACAUGGAGUUUAUUGAAUGCUGCGUCGAUGGGAACGUCUACAUCCCGCAUGCCAUCUGCAACGGCCAAAUCCUCAGCGCUGCCUCCAGUAUAGACAUGAUUGACUCCUCACCUGGAGGAUACAGGAGAGAACACGAGGAUCUGUUCUUCCGGGCGCUGUGUCUGUGUCACACGGUGCAGGUGAAGGAGGAGGAGACAGUGGACGGCAUCAAGAGAGGCAUCCACCAGGGCAGGCCCACCUCCUUCUACAUCUCCUCUUCACCGGAUGAGGUGGCUUUGGUGGAGGGAAUGAAAAGGCUGGGCUACACCUAUCUGAGACUGAAAGACAACUAUAUGGAGAUCCUCAACAAAGACGAUGAGAUUGAAAGGUUCGAGCUGCUCCAUGUACUGAACUUUGACUCCGUCAGGAGGAGAAUGAGCGUCAUCGUCAAGUCAAGCUCAGGAGAAUACCUGCUGUUCUGUAAGGGGGCAGACUCGUCCAUUUUUCCUCGGGUCGUGUCUGGGAAGGUGGAGCAGGUGAAGGCCAGGGUGGAGCAGAACGCUGUCGAGGGGCUGCGGACUCUGUGUGUCGCUUACCGAAGGCUGUCAGAGUCCGAAUACCAGGAGGCACGUCAUCACCUGAACGAAGCCAAGUUGGCCCUGCAGGACAGGGAGCAGAGGCUGGCGCAGGCCUAUGACAUCAUCGAGAGGGACUUUGUGCUUCUGGGUGCUACGGCAGUGGAGGACAGGCUCCAGGAAAAGGCUGCAGACACCAUCGAGUCACUGCACAAGGCUGGGAUGAAAGUUUGGGUCCUGACGGGGGACAAGAUGGAGACGGCGGCGGCUACCUGCUACGCCAGCAAGCUGUUCCGACGCAGCACGCAGAUCCUGGAGCUGACCAAGAAACGCACGGAGGAGCAGAGUCUGCACGAUGUUCUGUUCGAACUGAACAGGACGGUUCUCAGACAACGCUCGAUAUCUGGGUUGUCAGUUGAUUGCCUCGACUUUGGUCUGAUCAUCGACGGGGCCACUCUGUCUGCAAUACUAAAGCCCAACCAGGAGGGAGUCAGUUCUGGCAACUACAGAGAGAUCUUCCUGGAGAUCUGUCGCAACUGUAGCGCCGUGCUCUGCUGUCGCAUGGCACCACUGCAGAAAGCUCAGAUUGUGAAGCUAAUCAAAGCCUCCAAGGAGCACCCCAUUACCCUCGCCAUCGGCGACGGGGCCAACGAUGUCAGCAUGAUCCUGGAAGCGCACGUGGGCAUAGGCAUCAUGGGUAAAGAGGGCCGACAGGCAGCCAGGAACAGUGACUACGCCAUCCCGAAGUUCAAACACCUGAAGAAGAUGCUUCUGGUUCAUGGUCACUACUACUACAUCCGAAUCGCUGAACUUGUUCAGUACUUCUUCUACAAGAAUGUAUGCUUCAUCUUCCCUCAGUUCCUGUACCAGUUCUUCUGUGGGUUCUCCCAGCAGCCUCUGUACGACACCGCCUAUUUGACGUUGUACAACAUCAGCUUCACCUCACUCCCCAUCCUCCUCUACAGCCUGGUUGAGCAGCACGUCACCAUGGAGACGCUCAAAAGGGAGCCCUCCCUGUACAGGGACAUAGCGAAGAACUCCCUCCUCCGCUGGCCGGUCUUUCUGUACUGGACGUGCCUGGGUGUGUUUGACGCUGUUAUCUUCUUCUUUGGUGCCUACUUCCUGUUUGACAACACCACCUUCACCAGCAAUGGCCAGCUUAUGACCACCAACACACAGAUGAUGUUUGGGAACUGGACAUUUGGGACCCUCGUCUUUACUGUGCUGGUGUUCACCGUUACUCUCAAGCUUGCCUUGGACACACACCACUGGACCUGGAUCAAUCACUUUGUCAUCUGGGGGUCACUACUUUUCUACGUUAUUUUCUCUCUUCUCUGGGGAGGCAUCAUUUGGCCCUUCCUGAACUACCAGAGGAUGUACUACGUGUUCAUGCAAAUGCUGUCUAGCGGUCCGGCCUGGCUCAGCAUCAUCCUGCUCAUUACGGUCAGCUUGCUGCCAGAUGUCAUCAAGAAGGUCCUCUGCAGGGCCCUGUGUCCCACAGCCACCGAACGUGCACAGAAGGUAAGGACAGCGGGGGCCCUGGAGGGCCGUGUGGCUCCUGCUGGUGGAGGGGGAAGCAAUGAGAGGAACCCGCUCCACCCUGAUAGGACCCGUGAGGGAGACAGUGGAGAAAAAGCUGCUAGGACCUAUGACUCCAUGAUGUCACACAGCCACAGCACCCCCCUCAGCAAACCCUAGAGCACACCCCCGUAGGUGGGCUAGGGUCACCAUGGUUCACAAGAAGCUGUCGCGGGGUGGCGUGGCCGAGUCGACUCCACUGUCUUCUCGUCGGUCCUACAAAGGCACGAGCGCAGGCUCCUCUCACCUCCACCUCGGCG